UUUUGGCCUUCGGAUGACCCGUUACGUUUAGACUCGUUAUUUUUAUUAGUUCCGAAAUUCUUGCUACGAGUCGCCACCGGUUUCUGCUACAAAUUCGAAGUCGUAGUAUGACUCAGUGGCAAAUCGGGGAAGAAUUUAUUUUUAUCUUGUUCGAUUUAGUCGAUUUUUUAGACGAACUUCUGCUGUUUAAUAUAGUCUUCAAACAACUGCUAACGAGCAACUUUAUUCUUAUUAGUUUUUUCUUGAUACAUUUUAUACGUACCACUUCCAACGCUUUAUUUAUUGAAAAUGCAGCAUCCACAAAUAUUUUGAUAUUUAUUUUCUGGUUCGCGUUGCCGACAGAACGAGCAGAUUUUUUUUUAAUUUUCUGUUUUAAUCAUUUACAAUCAUCGAAAUUUUGAAUACGUAUAUCGAUGGCGGAUAAAAUAGACCAGAUGCAUAUUUCACUCGUAACUGCGCGCAUCGCGGCACUGUGUGCGCCACUGCAGCUUAAAAGCAGCUGAGCUUUUAAAACUACAAGAAUGUUUCCGGGAAGACUUAGCAAUCCUUCUUUCGAGUGCUCGAACGCUGAGAUAAGAAGCUUUUUUUGUCUGUCAAUUUCGUUUUCAUUCCAAGGCGAUGACCACCACCGAUUCGCGGUGUACUCGGUACGCCACGCGCGUAGUUAUCUCUCCUGAUGGCAUCGUUAACGAUGAAAUAUCCAACAUCCUAUCGGAGUUAUCAGAGUCGGACGUCGAAGGCAUCGAAGAAAUCUCUUCUGAGGGGGAGCACAUCGUCUCCGACGCGAAACAGAAACACGACGUCGAGCAGGAUCCGUCUCUGUCGGAUAAUUCGAGUGACCGAGCGAUCGACGAUGCGAACGAGGAUGUCUACGUCGGCAGAGACAAGAUCACCCUCUGGAGGAAGACUCCGUGUGCGAGCGGAACUGCCGAUACGUUCAAGGAAGCCAUCAAGAAAGAAAGCGUUCGUCACGAAGGCAAAAAGUGCGGGAUCGUGGACGAGGCGUCCGCCCUUUUCGAGAUCAUCGACAACGGGAUGCUGGAGGAGAUCGUAGCCUGCACUAAUCUACUGAUCGAGCACAAGCGUCUGUCCCGCACGUAUUCCAGGGAGAGGGACGUAAAGUGGAUGACGAGGGCCGAGUUGUUGGCGCUGAUCGGUCUGUUGUAUCUCACCGGUGUGAAAAGAGCCAACCACACGAAUCUGCUGGAGCUGUGGACAGACGACGGCACCGGCUUGGAGAUAUGUCGCUCCACCAUGAGUUACAGGAGAUUCCUGUUCCUCCUGGACUGCCUGCGCUUCGACGACAGGAGCACGAGGACCAUGAGGCUGAGGACGGACAAGCUGGCGCUCGUGAGAAACGUCUGGGAGAAGUUCGUGCAAAACUGCAGGGACUCGUACUCGCCGAGCGAGCAGCUCGCCGUUGGCGACCGACUGCAGGCGUUCAGAGGCAGCAAGUGUAACUUCGUGCAGUAUAUGGCUAACAGGUCGUGUACAACAGCGAAGUACGGACUGAGGAUCGUCGUGCUGGUGGACAUCAAGACGUCUUUCACCUGUAACAUGGAACUCUGCUGCGGCCAACAACCCGACGGCCCCUACAGGCUCAGCGACGACCCCGCGGCCGUCGUGCACCGGCUGAUCGAUCACGUGAAGGGUUCCUUCGCCAACGUGGUCACCUGCGACGGUCGUUACGCGAGUUACCCGCUCGUCGUCUCGUUCCUGGACGACGGAGUGACGUUCCUGGGCGCGGUGGGAACGGCUCGGCCGGAGGUGCCGUUGUGCUUCUUACCGCGCAAGUCGCGGCCCGCCGGCAGCUCGCUCUUCGGCUUCCGCGACGACGUCACGCUGGUGUCGCACGUGUCCCACGAGAAGAACAAGAAGACCCUGAUCAUGUUAUCAAGCAGGCAUCAUAGCGUAGAACUCGACCCGCGGACCAACAGGCCGGUGAUCGUGGAGGAGUACAGCGCGGCGAAGGACGCGAUGGACGCGGUCGAACGAACGCGCGCGACGCACUCCGUGUCGAGGAGGACCACCAGGUGGCCGUUGGCGGUGUUCUUCGCGUUGCUCGACGUGGCCGGGAUGAACGCUCAGGUUCUUUACAAUGUGUCUCGCCGGGAGUCGCCGCAGAAGUACCGCAGGGUCUUCCUGAAGAACCUCGCGCUAGCGUUGCUGAAGCCGCAAUUGCAGGAGAGAGCGAAGAUCAAGACGCUGCCUGUCAACAUCCGGGCGGUGAUUCUGCAUCAAGUGGGCGGCUGCGAAGGCAACCCGCAGCAGGAUGAGCAGGGUUCCUCGAGGAAGCGCAGUCACGAAGUGAUGAGCGAGGACGGUGCGGUCAGGAAGAAGGGUCGAUGCUUCAUGUGCGGCCGGGCGAAGAACACCAGCACGACGCUCAAGUGCCACACCUGCUCGAGGUUCACGUGCAAGAGGCACAUGGCUUGUAUUAAGUACACCUGCGAGAAAUGCGAGACCAAAACGGACGAAGGUGACAUAAGUAAUCCCGUUAGCAUUAAGGAACGUCUACAUUGGAAGUAGGAAAUGAUUCAUUUCGCUUAUUCCCGCUGUUACGCUUUAUUCCACUGAAAAAAAAAAAAACUCUUAUUCGGCAGUGUUACUACUUUUGAUGCAGACGGUCCUUUGAGGUUUUAGCAGAAUGACUGACUUAUUGGUUCAAGACGAUGUUUUAUGUCCUUAAGUUUUAAGGACCGUCCUACAAUUGACCAACCGCAAUCGAUUUAUUUUUGGAAUGUACGAUUCCAAUUGGUCAAUUAGCUUACCGCUUACUUCUUACCACAUACUUUGCGGCUAUUGUGGACGGUCUUUUAGGCCCGUAUUCUAAACUCUCUUUUAUUGAUGAAAGUGCCUCUAAAAGUGGUUUAGAAAUUAUCCGGCUUAUUUAAGGCACUUUUAUCGAUAAAAGAAAGUUCAGAAUUCAAAACGAACGUUAUCCGUCAUGUGUAUCCUAAAAGAUUCAUUUAUU